AACCUGAGGUCCGGGUUCCGUCGUCCUCGACCUUUUUACAUUUUCUUCUCAUUUUAAAGCCACUUUCUCAGGUCGAUUCAUGUCUCGUUAUUUUCUAUAAUACUAUUUAACAACAACUAACCCUAAUCUUCAUCAAUUUUCUGCUCAAUUCUUCAUCUUCUUCACUUGAUCGCACCGGUUUUCUUCAAUUGCACGCAAUCGUAUUGCCGAUUGAACUUCAAUUUCACUUCAAUUGCGUUUUUACGGUAUUUGAGUUGAAAUUCACGAGUUAGGUAUCGUAAUUCGGAAGUAUUUCGAUGUUUCUAGCAGCAGAGUGUACGGAAUUUCAGAUUAUCAAAAGGAAGAACGUUGAUUCAGCUUUAUAAUCUCGAGUUUUGAUUCGAUUAUGGCGCAGAAUUGGGAAGCUGAUAAGAUGCUGGAUGUUUACAUCCAUGAUUAUUUGUUGAAACGGAAGAUGCACACAUCUGCAAAAGCUUUCAUGACUGAAGGAAAGGUUGCUACCGAUCCUGUAGCUAUCGACGCUCCUGGUGGAUUUCUGUUGGAAUGGUGGUCUGUCUUCUGGGAUAUAUUUAUUGCAAGGACAAACGAUAAACAUUCUGAGGCUGCUGCAUCAUAUAUAGGGACGCAACAAAUGAAAGCGAAAGAGCAUCAACAACAGAUGCAAAUGCAGCAGAUGCAUUUAAUGCAGCAAAGAAACGCUCACCUACAAAGGAGGGAUCCUAAUCAUCUGCCACUUGGCGGCAAUGUAAACGCUAUGAAUACCGACGGAAUGAUGGGAAAGCCAUCUGUUAGUACAAUAGGUGUGAAAAUGCAAGAUGAACCCAUGAAACAGUCUCAAUCUAUGGUUUCAGACACCCUUUUAAAGUCAACCACUAAUCAUCAAGGCCUGUUGAUACCUGGAAAUACUCCAAAUGCGUCUUCAACUCUACCGCAAAUUCAAGGGAGGCCUCAGUUGAAUACGGAAAUUAAACAAGAAGUUAACAUGGAUAGCACACAGAAAUCGUUGCCUACAAAUCCUUCAUCGAUUUAUGGACAGGCAAUUUUGCAGUCAAAGUCUGGACUUGGUGGUGGUGGAUUGAAUCAAGGUGUUACUGCUCUUCCAUUAAAGGGUUGGCCUCUAACUGGUAUCGACAAUUUACGGCCCAAUAUGGGUUUGCAAGUACAAAAGCCCAAUAUGCAGAAUCAAAAUCAGUUCUAUUUGGCAUCACAGCAGCAACAUGCCUUGACACAAGCCCAGGCCCAAGGUAAUCUAGGAGCUUCACCAAAUUAUGGGCUUGUUGGAUUGCCUAGAGGCAAUCUAAGUAUGAAAGAUGGUCAAACCACAAGAAAUGAUGGAUCCCCUGGUCAAAUGAAUUCACCCCAGACAAAGAUGCCUCAAAUGCAACAAUCAACGUCUCAACAGCAGGACCAGCUGCAGCAACAGACUAACAGAAAAAGAAAACAACAUUCUUCUUCUGGGCCCGCCAAUAGUACCGGCACCGGGAAUACAGCUGGUCCAUCACCAAGCUCCCCAGCAUCAACAUAUACACCCGGUGAUGGAAUAACCACCGCUAGCAGCCUGCAGCAUGUGAACAGUGUACCAAAAAGCAUGAUGAUAUAUGGUUCAGAGGGGACCGGUGGGCUUGCGUCGUCAACUAACCAGCUGGAUGACAUUGAGCAUUUUGGGGACGUUACUCUGGAUGAUAAUGUGGAAUCUUUUCUGCAACAAGAAGGAGGAAACGAAAGAGAACUUUAUGGUACUAUGAAGCAGACGCGUACGGAGCACAAGACAGAGACUUCUAAAGGUUUUUCUUUUGCGGAAGUUGGUUGUAUACGCACCGGAAAGAAAGUCUUGUGCUGUCAUUUUUCUUCCGAUGGGAAGCUGCUUGCUAGUGCUGGCCAUGACAAAAAGGCAGUUUUGUGGAAUAUGGAUACCUUGCAAACCGAGAGCACACCCGAAGAACACCAAUAUUUAAUUACUGAUAUUCGGUUCAGACCAAAAUCAACUCAGUUUGGAACUGCGUCUCUUGAUCAAUCUGUACGAAUAUGGGAUGCAGCUAAUCCAAGCUAUUGUCUGCAUGCACAUACUACACACACUUCACAUGUUAUGUCACUAGAUUUUCAUCCCAAGAAGACGGAUCUCUUUUGCUUCUGUGAUAAUGAAAAUGAAAUUCGCUACUGGAAUAUCAACCCCUUCCAGUGCACUCGUGUUUCUAAGCAGGGUGGUAGUGCACAAGUAAGAUUCCAGCCCGUAAGCGGACAAUUACUUGCAGCUGCAUCAGAUAAAAUUGUAUCCAUCUUUGAUGUUGAGAGUGAUAGACAAACUCAUUCCUUUCAGGAGCAUAUGGGAAAUGUUAAUUACCUAUGUUGGAACUCGAAUGGGGAUUAUUUGGCUUCGGUAAGCAAAGACAGUGUGAGAGUGUGGUCAGUCGGGUCCGGAGAGUGCAUUCAUGAGCUCAGUUCCAACGGAAACCAGUUCUAUUCUUGUGUUUUCCAUCCAAGUUAUCCUGCUCUUUUAGUCGUCGGUGGAAUGCGAUCUUUGGAGCUAUGGAACAUGGCUGAAAACAAGAGCAUGACGGUUGCAGCUCAUGACGACAUAAUUGCUGCUUUGGCACAGUCUUCUGUUACAGGAAUGGUUGCCUCAGCGAGCCACGACAGUUCUAUUAAGUUAUGGAAAUAAUCAUAUAUAAUAUAUAUAUGAUAUACCAUAACAUGAAGGUAUGAAAUAUUAAGCCUUAUAAGAUGGAUAUGGUUAUACGAGUGUAGCUGAUCGAUAUUAUCGACUACAAUAUAUACAUAUAUAUAUAUAUAUGGUCUUGGCGUCAAAGUUGUUAGGAGUAGAUUUUGUCUCCGGUCAAAUGUACUUGUCACCGUGAUCUACCGAGUUAACUCAUGAUCAGGUUAUAAUAUUUGAUAGUUUUUCUUUUUCGUUGGAUACAUGGUGUUUAUGUUUUACUUUAAA